UGCGGCCUCCAGGGCUCCCGGAGACGGGCCGGGGGCCGGAGGGCAGGGGGCGGCCCGGGCGCCGGGGGACGGCCGGGCAGGGAGCCCCGGCAGAGGCACACAGCAAACGCGCGAGAGCGGGACCGCACCAACAGCGUGAACACCGCCUUCACGGCUCUUCGUACGCUCAUCCCCACCGAGCCGGCUGACCGCAAGCUCUCCAAGAUCGAGACGCUGCGUCUGGCCUCCAGCUACAUCUCGCACCUGGGCAAUGUGCUGCUGGUGGGCGAGGCCUGCGGCGACGGGCAGCCUUGCCACUCCGGGCCCGCCUUCUUUCAUGCAGCGCGGGCUGGCAGCCCCCCGCCGCCCCUGCCGCCCCCCGCCCGCGACGCAGAGAAUGCCCAGCCUAAGCAGAUCUGCACCUUCUGCCUCAGCAACCAGAGGAAGUUGAGCAAGGACCGUGACAGAAAGACGGCGAUUCGGAGUUAGAGGCUGAUGCCACUGGGCGAUCCACGGAAAGCCCCCAUGGACCUGACUCGGGCACAGGCCUCCCAUGAGGGCACCCACCAGGCCUGCUCCGCCUCUGGCUACAAGUGGGGCCGAUGGACAGGCAGGCGGCAAAAGGACUCUGAGCUUGCCGCAGUACUUGCCCAGGUCCACUGGAACUUUUCACGCUGGCUUCCCACCUGGGUUUUCUUCUGGUCACUACAUGCUGGCAUCUUGGGUCUUUGAUAUGAUAAUAUAAAGUCUGGGGAUUUUGUAUAAUUAAAAACAAAACAGUAUCUUCCAAAAGUGGAAGCACACUGUCCUCUCAAA